AUGACCUCUCAAAGGACCAUGGGGCCCACGCUGCGCUGCUACCACCUGCCGUCGGGGCGGCUGCUGGCAGCCGUUGAUGUGUUUGACGGCGUGCGCAUCCACGGGAUCGUGCAACGUGGCAGCAGGGGAGUGGGCGGCGCUGUAUGGACCCGCGAGGGCGGGGACAAGGGGAGGGGGGAAGCAGCAGCGGCGGUGGUGGUGGUGCAUGGGGAGAGGCGGGUGAAAAUGGUGGUGCUGACGGUGCAGCAAGCAGCACAGGGGGCGGCGACUGUGAGGGUGCGGCAGCAGCAGCAGGGCGUGGGGGAGCGGAGAGGCGAGGAGGAGCAGGGGGGUGUGGGGCAGGGAGCGGGUGGGGGGGUGGAGCAGGGAGGCGAGGGGCAGGAAAGUGGGGGAGUGCGGAUGGCGGUGGGUGCAUGUGUGGCGUGCAGGGACCACUGGGUGUGUGAUGCCGCCCUGCUGCCCUGCCCUGUGCACGCCCAUGCCAUGCAGGUGACAGUCCACCCGGACACGUAUGACUCCUGGAGGUUAUUGCUUGCCCCCACCUGCCAUGCUGCUUGUCAUCGUUCUUCAUUCCUUUGCCUCAUCUAA